AUGAAUAUGAGAGCGCAGAAAGUAAGGAUACCCCACCCCCAGACCCCGUGUUGGUGCGAUGAACUGGGGUUAACAUCUCUGAUAAGCAUUCUUGAAUGCGGUGUGGAAUGGAUUACUGAAGUACGCCUCGGUCCCUGACUGGGCUUAUGGCGAGAAUAGCGCCUUUAGUUUUGGAGAUGACAUAAGCCCCUACUUGGAGUCCGACCUCCAAGUGUCAAACGCUACAUUGAGAGUGGACUCAGACUCAGUUCAAUAUUCAUACAUAUUGAAGGAUUUCAAAGAGGGUUACUCUAGGUUGACAAACCACGUUGUUCAUUCCUCUGUAAACUGCAGCUUAAUCGAGUUUGACAAGGGUCAUUAUUGGCGCUGGAACAACGGGAACAGAACUGGACCAUUCGGUAUGUGGGACCCUUUUGGCGACUCAAUAAUCCAUGGUCUAAGCACCAGUAAAGCUGAAUUUGGAUUUCGUGAGUUAGGUUGGGGUGAGGAGGGCAGUGCUGAGACAGUAUCGGAGAUACUACGGGUAUCGAGGGAUAGCAUAGUCACCCCGCCCUCAAUAACUAACUGGGUGUCAUUCCUAGACCUUUCAAAUGGAAGUAGUGUAUCUCCCCAGAUUUGUCAGUACUAUUUCCCCAUGGCCAAAUCAGGGUCCCAGAAUAUUAACUUCAUGAUCCCACUAGAUAUUGUAUGCAAUGGGGUUGCUUGGGAAUGUUGGCCAUCCCUAACCGAAACUUGGCCAUCCCUAGCGGAAUCCGUUGGCGGCAAUGCAUCUCACAGAAUUCACCCUCGUGAAAAAUUCUUUCACGACACAGACUUAUAUCGGCUGUCGACAGUGGGCAAUAGUGGUUACACGAUGGAAGGCGGUGGGCAUCGUGUCUAUCUGAACGGCUUCAGUAGUUCUUCGAGCGCAGCGGCCGCCAACGAUGGAGCAUACGACCUUUGUCAUUCUGGCUUCUUUGACCUACCGAAUGAGGCGAUUUGGAAUGGUUACAGCCUUUGGAUAGCCGGCCUAGUAGCUCGGCUACCGAUCCUCGCCAUAAUCCACGCAAAUCACGAUUUGCCCAAGUACGCACGAGGCCUAAAUCCUAAUCAAACCAGUGGCACCGCAUACCUACAUACAGCCUUGGAGGUAGACUGGUUCCGAACCAUGCUCAUAGCAUUUAGCAUUACGGGGGGUCAAAUCCUGGCAAUCCUAGCUGUCCUUGGCUACUGCAAGGGCAUCUACACACGAGACGAUAGUCAUCUGGCGACCGCGGAGCUGUUGAAAACAGUUAUAACCAAAUUCGAUGAUGGAAAAUUGAUGACGGGUGAAGAAUUGGCAGCAUCUCUUGACGGGGUUUUGAGAGAACGAGUUAGCUAUGGGAUUAGGGAAGGUCUAGAUGGAGGCCCGCCGGAGGUGGAUCUGACAAGUGGCUUAAACAACAACUUCCCACCAUUCCCGCAGAAACGACGAUUCUGGGGGGACACCGGUUCAAAGAUCCCGGGGCCCUGGUGA